AUGACAAAUUCGAUGCGUCCACCUUUCCCAUUCGUUUUGCCAAUAAAAUUUGUGAUUUCUCCUCUGUACGCUACAUCGACGAGGAAAAAGAUCGUUGCCUUGAUGACUGUUGGAGCUCAUUUAAGGUUGUCGUGUGGGAUUGAGGAGUCGAGGAGAGCCGACCUUCACGCCGAGGAAAGUUCAGACACUACACGACCUCGAGGUACCUCUUCGUCCAAGGGGAAGGAGCCGGCGGUAUAG